AUGAGAGCUAUCAUUAGCGUCGCUCUGUUUCUCUCUCUUUCAUUGCUUUCUGCCGUCAACGCGGCUGAGAUCCUCUCAGCAGGAGACACAGAUGAUGUUAUUCCGGAUUCCUACAUUGUUGUGAUGAGGGAUGGGCUCUCCACUGAUGCCUUCAACUCCCACACGACACAGAUCUCCGGUUUUCGUAACGGGGACCGUAACGUCAAGGCUUCAUUGAAGAAGACCUUUGAUCUUAAUGGCCUGAAGGGAUACAGUGGAACUUUCGACGAAGCUACAAUCCGCCAGAUCGCGAAUGAUCCAGCUGUAAAAUACAUUGAACAUGACAGGAUCGCAAACGCCCGUGGCUUAGUUGAACAGCAGGACGCAGGGUGGAAUCUUGCUCGCAUCUCACACAAAAAGCCUGGAGCCAGGACGUAUGUCUAUGACGAAUCCGCCGGAGCCGGUAUAUCCGUAUGCCUGGUAGAUACUGGCGUCGACGUGGACAAUCCGGACUUGGGAGGCCGCGCUACUUGGGGCGCAAACUUCGUCGACAACGACGACUCCGAUGGAAACGGGCACGGCACUUUCCUAGCAUCCCUCAUCGCAGGCCAGAAACACGGGGUUGCGAAGAAGGCGAAGAUCAUCGCUGUCAAGGUUCUCGAUGCCAACGGCUCCGGAUCAUACAGCAAUGUUAUUUCUGGAAUUGACUGGUGUGUCAAAUACGCCAAGGAGCAUGGGAUCUCGGAGCGCAUGGUUGUCAAUCUCUCCCUUGGCGGGGGCUAUUCACAAGCUGUUAACCAGGCUGCUGAGAACGCAGUGCUUGCGGGAAUGUUUGUUUCCGCUGCCGUGGGUGGUUCAAAUCGUGACGCGCGCAACGACUCUCCCGCCUCAGCCAGAGGCGUUUGUGCCAUCGCCGCGAGUACGAUGGACGAUAAGGCCGCUCUAUUCUCUAACUACGGUUCAAUCGUGGCCGUCUACGCACCAGGACAGAAUAUUAUGGCGGCUGGAAGAAUGGGCUCGGUAACCCUCUCCGGUACAUCUUUCGCUGCAGGCCACGCAUCUGGAGUGGGUGCCUAUCUCCUCGCCCUCGAGAAGAUCACAGGUGAUAGGGUCUGCACCCGUAUCAAGGAGCUCGCUAUUCCCGUGAUCCGCAAUUCGCCUUCAAACACCACGCGGCUCCUGCUAUACAAUGGUAGCGGGCGUUAA